GCCGGGCGGGCCGGACGGGGGCUGAAGCCGCGUCCCUGUCUUCUCUUGCAGCUCCGCAUCUCCGCUAGCCGGUCCCGCGCCAUGGCACAGGUUCUAAGAGGCACCGUGACUGCCUUCCCUGGAUUUGAUGAUCGGGCCGAUGCAGAAACUCUUCGGAAGGCCAUGAAAGGCCUGGGCACUGAUGAGGAGACCAUCCUGACCCUCUUGACAUCCCGAAGUAAUGCUCAGCGCCAGAAAAUUUCUGAGGCGUAUAAGACUCUGUUUGGAAGGGAUCUUCUGGAUGACUUGAAAUCAGAACUGACUGGAAAAUUUGAGAAAUUAAUUGUGGCUCUGAUGAAACCCUCUCAGCUUUAUGAUGCCUAUGAAUUGAAGCAUGCUCUUAAGGGAGCUGGGACAAAUGAAAAAGUACUGACAGAAAUUAUUGCUUCAAGGACACCUGAAGAAAUAAGAGCCAUAAAAGAAGUUUAUGAGGAAGAAUAUGGCUCAAGCCUGGAAGAUGAUGUGGUGGGUGACACUUCAGGGAACUACCAGAGAAUGUUGGUUGUUCUUCUUCAGGCAAAUAGAGACGUUGAUGGUGGAAUUGAUGAAAAUCAAGUUGAACAAGAUGCUCAGGUUCUCUUUCAAGCUGGAGAACUUAAAUGGGGGACAGAUGAAGAAAAAUUCAUCACCAUCUUUGGAACACGAAGUGUGUCUCAUUUGAGAAGGGUGUUUGAUAAGUACAUGACUAUAUCAGGAUUUCAAAUUGAGGAAACCAUUGACCGGGAGACCUCUGGUAAUUUGGAGCAGCUACUCCUUGCUGUUGUGAAAUCUAUUCGGAGUAUACCUGGCUACCUUGCAGAAACCCUGUACUAUGCUAUGAAGGGAGCUGGAACAGAUGAUCAUACCCUCAUCAGAGUCAUGGUGUCCAGGAGUGAGACUGAUCUGUUUAACAUUAGGAAGGAGUUUAGGAAGAAUUUUGCCACCUCUCUUUAUUCCAUGAUUAAGGGUGACACAUCCGGGGACUAUAAGAAAGCCCUGCUGCUGCUCUGUGGAGGAGAGGAUGACUGAUGCCUUGCUGGGCAGAGAUCCCUGCCCUGUGCUGGCCCCUGCCACUGCCGCCUUCCUUCAGCACAUCCAGCUGCAGCUUUCUGUAUGCCAGUGCCUGACACCUUGCCUUACUCUAGCACGCCGAUGACCAAAUGUGUAGAAGAAAAUAGUGGUCUUCUUCUUGUUCUUCCUGUGAGACCUCCCUGUCUCUGACUGUUACAGUACUGAUGUGUACUUACGUUAUUAAGUCUCAUGUCUGAGUCACUCUUAUUUUCCUUUAAGAGGUCAGAUCACUUUUAGCCUUUUUUUAAAGCUUCAUUUGUAUUAAAUUUAUAACCUUAUUACCUUAACCGGAACCUUAGCCUCAAAAUUGUGAACUCCUGGAAAUGUUAUUAAUCAAGUCACUACUCAGCUAAUCCAACAAAACUAUGUUGAUUGUAUUCAAAAGAUUAAUGACAAAUAAACAUUUCCUUCCCCCUGAAUUAUGUGUACGUG